AAUCAAAAUGUUAUAAAUGUCUUUUACCUUUCAUUAAAGAUGAAGGUAAAAAUGGUUAGUAUAAAUAUGAAAAGUGGUACUUUGAAAAUAAUAUUUUUGGCAAUUUCCCUAAAAAUAACGCAAAAAAUUUCCAAUACAAAGCUAUUAUGCCCACCCAUAGCAAAGGGCCUAAUUGGAUAUGAUCUUGUAAAGAAAACAUGCUCGGAUAGGAGUUGGUACCACAUAUGAACUUGCAGCCGUUGUUUCAAAUUGGUUGGGCAUUACUUGCGAUUUUAUAAGCAAUAAAAACACCACACAGCUCAUCAUUGUGGUCCAUGAAUUCAAAACUUUGUCGUCAACUGUGGAAGCUAGAUAGUAAGUUAUGGAGAUAUUCGAAAUGCAACAAAUGGCUUCUCUCCGAGUAACUUGAUUGGGUCAGGCAGUUUUGUACUGUGUUUAAAGCAGUGCUCCCUGCAGAGAACAAUAUUGUUGCAGUGAAAGUUCUAAAUCUGCAGAAACGUUGAGCCAUGGAGAGCUUUAUGGCAGAAUGGUCAUUGAAGGACAUAAGGCACCGUAAUCUUGUGAAACUGUUGACGGCUUGUUCGAGUCUUGAUUUUCAAGGAAACGAAUUCAGAGCUCUCGUUUAUGAGUUUAUGCCUAAUGGAAGCUUAGAUAUAUGGCUGCACCCGGAGAAAGCGGAAGCGAUUCACAGGCCCUCAAGAACAUUGACACUUCUUGAAAGACUUAACAUUGCCAUAGAUGUUGUUUCUGUUUUGGACUAUCUCCAUGUUCAUUGUCAUGAACCUAUAGCUCACUGUGAUCUUAAGCCGGGCAACAUCCUUCUUGACAUUGAUCUAGUCGCCCAUGUUAGUGAUUUUGGUCUAGCUCACCUCCUCCAAAAAUUCGACCAAGAGUCAAUCCUCAUUGAACUCAGCUCGGCCGGUGUCAGAGGAACCAUUGGUUAUGCCGCACCAAGUAAAGGCAUUGCACAACUAUAAUGUUUACAUAAUUAAUACUAGUAUAAUUUUGUUUAUGUGAAUUAUGGUGCAGAAUAUGGAUUGGGAAGACAACCAUCAAUACAUGGUGAUGUGUAUAGCUUUGUUUUGGAAAUGUUCACUAGAAAACGACCAACCAAUGAGUUAUUUGGGGGAAACAUUAGCCUCCACAGCUACACUAAGUCGGCAUUGCCGGAACUGAAAGAGUAUUGGACGUUGCAGACAAAUCGAUGACUAAAGAAGGGUUUAGAUGACUUACAUGAUUGGGGAAGAGAUUUGGAGGAUUUGGAGGAUUUGGGGUCGGAGUCACAGAUUUGUGAGAGAGAGAGAGAGAGGAGUAAGACCGCAAAGAUUGCAGAGGAGAAGAGAAAAAAUGAGGAAGAAGAAGAAGGGUCGGCUUAUGUAUUAAAAAUAAACCGACAGACAGUUUCCGUCAGAAUUCGGUCGGUUCUAUUUUAAGCGGUUAAUCAAAUAAAUUUCGCAAA